AUGCAGCCUCCGACUGGUAGUUCUCAUGGCGAGGAAGGCGGCGGGCCGCCUGCUGUGGGCCGGCGAGAGAAUGGCGCAGAGAUGAGCUCCUCAGGAACGGCGAUGCUGGACUUGGACAUGGUUGAGAAGUUGAAGCAGAAGUACAUCAAGUGCAAGCAGCAGAAUGACCGACUUAAGGAAGUGUUGCUGCAGAUGCAGCAGCAAGGCGAACAGCGAGUCUCUGCAGAACGACAGGGACAGCUGACAGCACUCCAGUGGCAGGUCGAGCAGCUGCAGCAGCAACUGAAAGUUCGAGAAAUGGAACAGAGACAGCACAUUGAGGAACUCGAUGCUCUGCAAUAUACCAACCGCAAACAACAGCAGCAGCUUCAGCAGUUGCAACAGCAAGCGACUGCGGCCUCUGGAGGCCUUGCUGGUGCGGGCGGGGGCACGAGAUGGGGUAUCGGACUUCUUGCGGGAGCCGCGGGAGGCAACUCCGCGAGGGAAGACAGCGAGAAGCGCCUAAUGGAAGAACUGCAGGUGCUCCGGGACGAACUCGAACACAAAAUCAGGGAGAACGAGCAGUUGCACGUACAACAGUUCGAAGAGAAACAACGGCAACAAAUGCAGCAAGAGAGACUUGCAAGGCUUGACGAGGAGCUUCAGCAGGCGCAUCACGCGUACCAACAACUGCGUAAGGAGCAAGCGGAGACAGAGAAGCGAGUACAGACAUGUGAGGCCCUGUAUCAGGAAGAACGAGAAGAGAAGCGGCAGAUUGAGGAGCGAUUCAGGGAGUUGAAGCGCGAAACUGACCUUCAGCUCACAAGGUUGUCCGAACAAAAGGACGUGCUCCAGCACCAGCAGGCUCACCUUCGGCGGUACUUCCAGCGUCGGCUGCCUGUGGAUCUGCGUCACUUUCGUUCGCUCGCGAGUUACGACCUGCCUUGCGGAGGCGCGACAGCCGUGAUCGCCGCCCACAGUGCAGCUCAAAGGCAAGUGGUGUCAGCCACGGCGUGCCUCUUGGUGCGCCUGCAGCAGCUACUCGCUGCCUGGAGUGAGGCCCUUUGUUCGGGGAGUGGCCGAACGAGCGCCUCGCACAGCGCUGAUUUGGGCCCAAGGGGUGGCGGCGCUUCGCCGCCCCAAGGAAAAAAGGGUGACAGAUCUCUUCUCGACGACGCCGAUGUGUCGGCUGCGGGGCUGGUGGCUAUCGGAAAAGACCGGGACCUGUCGCAGGUUGAGGCGUUGACAGGGGGCGUGAGCGGCGGUCGCCAGCACGCAGCAGCGAGCGGGGGCAGCACAACGGCGGCUGUUUCAGGCAUUCACUUCAAAUUGACAGUCGCGAACCAGAAAGCCUUGGACGCCCUGCUGGAAGCGAGAAAGAGUAUCGACCCCGUGAAGCGCUACUUGCUUCAGAAGCUGGUCGCUCCUCGAGAGCCAGGUCGGGCGGGCGGGGCCGUAGGUCUGCGCGAACCCGCGCGGGGAAACAGAAGAGAAGGGGGCAGCGGGGGCAAGUUUGACCGGAGUCCUCAGCGAGAGCUUCAGACUGGUGCGAGGGGCUGCAGAGGACUUGAGAUGGAGCCGCCUGGAAAAAGUGACCAGGGAGUCGUGACCGCGCUCGAGGCACAAAGUAGCCUGCGGCAGUUGAGCACCGCAUUUCGCCGCUUCACCAGUUACUCUCUCGUCUCUCUCACUCUCGAAACAGACGCCUUCCCAAUUCUCGACAACAGCGAAUCGCCGAACGCGAACGCGUUCGGAGACUCCACUCAAGCUUUUGAGUCGUCCCGGUGGUCGGCACGCCCGGGGUCUCGGGGAGGGGCGUCGAGCUCGGGGCCCCGCAAUCAGACGGGAGAUGCACGGCGAUCCACGGCCGCGUUCAUCGAGGCAUCUCGUCGAUUCGCCAAGUGUCUCUCUCUUCUCCUUGAAGUUUCCCAGCUUCUCUUUUUCCAGCCCAGGCCGCCCCAGCAGGGUGUGUCCGCUUCGGAUCGUCUCCCCGAAGCACAGAGCCAGGUUUCGCCUGAAUGUCUGCCGCCAACUUCUCUAGGAGACUCCCUUGAGGCUCCUCACAGCACGCGGCAGCUGCUUGUGGCGUCUCCAUCGACACAGAACCAAGCAGCUCGAGAAAACGCUGUUUCUGCCGGUUAUCUCGGAGAGGGGCUUGGCGCCCUUCUGCCUUCCCGGGGCCCCGCCAGUGCAUGCGAGGAGGCGCUGGCACGUCUCUCCAGCGAGCAUUUCCGCCUGUUGCGAAAGGCGGUGGCACCACGGAAGAGCGACGAAGUGUUGGAAGAGGCUCUUGAAACACAUGCUGUCGAGGCAGCGGGAGACUCAGGGAACGAUGAGCCCGACGGAGAAGGGAGCGCGAUCCCUUCUGGUUCAAACCCAUCAUUCUCCUCGGAUCAAUCCGGUGAUACAGGGUUCCGCCAACAACACGGAGGUUUGUUCGCGGCAGCCGAGAACUCAGCAGUUGCCCGAGCAGUGGCGGUCGCUGAUCUGAAACACGACGUGGCCAAGCAGUUCCUCCAGCAAGUGUUCUUCAGGCAUCUCGAAGAAGCCAUGAUGAACAUGGCGACGAUGGAAGGCUGUAUCUCCGCUCGGAUGUGCCGACCUCAUGUUGUCGAGGGCCACAUGCUUCCUCUCUCGGGGGGAAGCGACGCAAUGGUUGAUCUUGUCCAGGCCGUGAAGUUGAUCGAUUCGUACAUCCCUUUACCCUCUCUUCUCCCGCACCUUUCGGCGACGGGGGCAAGAAAGACUGCGGCAUCCGAAUUCGACUCCGAGGCGGCGUCUCCUUCCCACUGGGUGGAUGCAAGCAGCGAGUUGCUGUCCGUGGAAUUGCAGAAGCCUGCCCAAGUCAACGAGGGGACAACCAGUACCGUCGCCGUUCUUCGCGACGGUUUGGAGGUCCUCUUGUCCUCUCAGCUCGCUCUCUGGUCUUGCUUUCUCCGCCUUCCGCUCCUAGACUCUGCCCUUCACAGGCUGCAAGAUUUCAUGCGGACCCGCCAGGAUGAACUGAGGAACGCCCCACCUCGCAUGUUGCGUGACGACGCCCUGUACUUUAGAGAAGAAGUUCAAAGACUGACAGCCGAAGAACAACGUCUGCACCGGCAGUUGGGCUCCGUUCAGCUCGACUUCGAUGAAGUCUUGGAAGAACGAGAUCAGCUGCUUCAGGAAAAGGAAGAGCUCCGCGACCGCUACGCUGUCAUGCAGACCCGCUUUGAACUCGCGCGUGGUGGGUUCAGCUCCCGUAGCACUCCUGCACUCCAGCGCCUGCUGCGUGUAGAGGACGAGAACGGGGUGACCUUGACAUGCCAAGCGGACGCGAAGCAAAGCGGAGAUGAUGGAGCGUGGCGAUGUUCGCAGGAUGGGAAACAAGCGUUUGCCUCUUCAGAGAGUGGAGGCAAGCAUCUGGCAACAGAGAAUAGUGAAGGGAAGGCGAGCGCAACUUGGAGUUCAGAGGAAAAAUGCGAGGACUCGAACUGCGAACGAAAAAGCAUCGGCAACCCUUCCGCCCCUUCAGCUCCAGCGUCUGCGGAGGAUUCCACCACAUGUUCCCAAAACGUGGACGCGGCAGGCGCGGCGGUGGCAGCUUUCGAGGACGCAUGCGCUGCAGCCUCGAUGCUCAUGGUGGUGGCGAGUGAAUGUCGGCGCUUCCCGGGCUCAGAAAACAGUCUGCCUGUGCUUCGGUACCCGUCCCGAGAGGCAGCUGCUGCUAUGAUCGAAGCAGCUCUUCUGCAGCGUGGGAGCGUCUUUCCAGCUUCCUCCGAAUCGCCUGUGUCGACCGCUGCAACUGAUGCAGCGGAAGCUGUUAUUGCCACCCUUGAAGCGUGCAAAGGCAGAACAGGAGAAGGGCAGUCAACGGAAGUGUCGGCUUUGGAAUUUCAGCAGGAGCUACGACGAGUCUACGUCCAGCAGGUUCAGCAGUUGCUGCAGCAUGUCCAGACCAGCGAAGACGCGCUCGCAGCCCUGAAGAUGCAGCUCAGCAGUUGCUUGAAGACCAUUCACUCCCUCGAUAGCCAGCGGCAGCUUCUCCAGAGGCAGCUACAGGAACAACAAAGUGCGGCCGCAGCAGCUGCCAGUGCGGCGCGGUUGGCGGAAGUCAAGUACAUGGAACAGCUUUCGCUGCUCAGCGAGCACUACUGCCAGGAGGGGGAGAAAAGGAAAGCCGUUGAAGUCCACAUGGACGAUAUGCGGAAACAGAGAGUCCUGUGUGGACGCUGUGGAGUGUGGAAUUCUUUAGGUUUCCUCCUGGGUGCGAGUAGCGGAGGGACGUGCACUAUGUGUCAAGGACGGGUGAUUGAACCUCCAGCGUGACAGACGAC